GCGCUCCCGCGAAGCUCGUGUUGAGCCGAAGAGUCCAGGCAGAAGCAUCAAAACGCACCAGGACUAGGAGAGCUUUCCGCUGGGAAAAAAAAGAAGCAACAACCCAAUAACAUGGAAGAAAUCCAUUAAAAUGAGAGCGGAAUGAGGAUGAUGAGAGACGGUACCGCUUCACAGGAAGGUCAAUCCCGAAAAACAUAAGCAGUGCGCACACUACACGGAUAUUUGGAGUAUACGCGAGUGCAAGUGAAGACCCCGAAACAGUGAAACAUUGUCCCGGCUUUCUAUUUUCAGAAAAGCAAGGCAUGGAGGGAUUUACAUCUCGACAAGGCAGUACGGGAUAGAAGAUCUGACAAACGGAGAGAGGACGGUGAAUAAGGACCUCGCUGCGGAGAGGAGCUGCGCAACUGUGACUGUUUCUCCUCGUCUGUAAGCCGGCGGGCUCCAGUAUCACAGCUGAUGACUGUCCCUCAGGUGGCUGGACUGCAGGGCUGAGUGGGAAGUUUUUGCUGUGGGGGGUUCCCCGGCUUGUAUGUUGGUCACUUGCAUUUGCACUCGCUCACAAGGACCAUGUGGUUUUCUCCAAGGAGAAGUCGUCUCCCCUCGCAGAACUCGCACGGUGCCCACAGUUGCACUUUCAAUUUCAACGUCUCCUUGUGGGUGGUCAGUUUUUGUUGGUGCUUCGUGGCCGUGAGAGGUCAGAACUACCACCCCACUGUGAACACGCAGUAUGGGAAACUCCGAGGGGUGAGGGUGCCCCUGCCUAGUGAGAUUCUGGGGCCGGUGGACCAGUAUCUGGGGGUUCCGUAUGCCGCCUCCCCAGUUGGAGAAAAACGCUUCAUGCCCCCUGAGCCUCCUUCCUCCUGGUCAGGGAUCAAGAACGCCACUCACUUUGCUCCUGUCUGCCCCCAAAAUAUUCACAACGCUGUGCCAGAGAUCAUGAUGCCUAUAUGGUUCACCUUCAACCUGGAUAUAGUUACUACAUACAUACAGGAUCAACACGAGGAUUGUCUUUAUCUAAACAUCUAUGUUCCAACUGAGGAUGUCAAAAGAAUAUCCAAGGAAUGUGCCAGGAAACCCAACAAGAAAAUGUGUAGAAAAGGAGGGGCCCAUGCAAAAAAGCAGGGUGAGGAUUUAUCGGAUAACGACGGUGAUGAAGAUGAAGACAUACGAGAUACUGGGGCCAAGCCUGUGAUGGUCUACAUCCACGGAGGAUCCUACAUGGAGGGGACUGGCAACAUGAUCGAUGGGAGCGUCCUGGCCAGCUACGGAAAUGUCAUCGUUAUCACUCUCAACUAUCGUGUCGGAGUCCUCGGCUUUCUAAGUACGGGUGACCAGGCUGCUAAAGGGAACUACGGGCUCCUGGACCAGAUCCAGGCUUUAAGGUGGAUCAGCGAGAACAUUGGCUUCUUCGGAGGAGACUCCAACCGCAUCACUGUGUUCGGUUCUGGGAUCGGCGCUUCCUGCGUCAGCCUGCUCACCCUCUCCCACCACUCUGAAGGUCUGUUCCACAGAGCCAUCAUUCAGAGUGGGUCAGCCCUCUCCAGCUGGGCGGUGAACUACCAGCCGGUCAAGUAUACACGUCUCCUGGCGGAGAAGGUGGGCUGUAAUGUCCUGGACACCUUAGACAUGGUGGACUGUCUGAGGAAGAAGAGCUCCAGGGAGCUGGUGGAGCAGGACAUACAACCAGCGAGGUACCACGUGGCCUUUGGACCUGUAAUCGAUGGGGACGUUAUCCCUGAUGACCCGGAGAUCCUGAUGGAGCAGGGCGAGUUCCUCAACUACGACAUCAUGCUGGGGGUCAACCAGGGCGAGGGGCUGCGCUUUGUGGAGAACGUGGUGGAUUCAGAGGACGGCGUGUCUGGAAACGACUUUGACUUCUCCGUGUCAGACUUUGUGGACAGUCUGUACGGGUACCCAGAGGGCAAGGACACGUUGAGGGAGACCAUUAAGUUCAUGUACACAGACUGGGCAGACAGAGACAAUCCAGAGACCAGGCGCAAGACGCUGGUGGCUCUGUUCACCGACCACCAGUGGGUGGAGCCAUCGGUGGUAACGGCUGAUCUCCAUGCUCGCUACGGCUCACCCACCUACUUCUACGCCUUUUACCACCACUGCCAGAGCCUGAUGAAGCCAGCCUGGUCAGACGCCGCCCACGGGGACGAGGUGCCCUAUGUUUUUGGAAUUCCUAUGAUCGGUCCCACUGACCUUUUCCCCUGUAACUUCUCAAAGAACGAUGUCAUGCUCAGUGCUGUGGUCAUGACCUACUGGACCAACUUUGCCAAGACUGGGGAUCCCAACAAACCAGUUCCCCAAGACACCAAGUUCAUCCACACCAAGGCCAACCGUUUUGAAGAGGUGGCCUGGUCCAAGUACAACCCCCAGGACCAGCUCUACCUGCAUAUCGGCCUGAAGCCACGCGUGCGCGACCACUACCGCGCUACCAAAGUGGCCUUCUGGAAACACCUAGUGCCCCACUUGUACAACCUCCACGACAUGUUCCACUACACCUCCACCACCACCAAAGUGCCCCCACCAGAGACCACCCAGAACACCUUGUCCACCAAGAGGCCCAACGGGAAAACCUCCUGGCCGUUCAACACCAAGCGGCCUCCCAUGUCCCCGGCCUACAACAGCGAGGACAAAGACUCGUGGAACGACGAGGAGGAGACCGGGCCGCUGGUGGUGGAGAACCCGCGGGAUUACUCCACAGAGCUCAGCGUCACAAUCGCUGUGGGCGCCUCGCUGCUGUUCCUCAACGUGCUGGCUUUCGCAGCCCUCUACUACCGCAAGGACAAGCGGCGGCAGGACUCCGGCCACGGGCAGCCCAGCCCGCAACGCCAGACCACCUCCAACGACAUUGGCCACCACGCGCCCGAGGAGGAGAUCAUGUCGCUGCAGAUGAACCAGACGCACCACGAGUGCGAGGCGGGGAACAGCAACGAGGGGGCACUGCGCUUGGCUUCGCUGCCCGACUACACGCUCACUCUGCGGCGCUCUCCGGACGACAUUCCCCUCAUGACCCCCAACACCAUCACCAUGAUCCCCAAUUCCCUGGUGGGCAUGCCCAACCUGCACCCCUACAACACCUUCACAACCGGCUUCAACUCCACAGGCCUGCCGCACUCCCACUCAACCACCCGCGUAUAGCUUUAAGAAGGCCAGGGGCAGCCGGCGCAGGCGGGG